AUGACAAAGGCAGACGUGGUAAUCAUAGGGGCAGGAUUCUCGGGGAUUUGCAUGGCCAUCAAGCUGCUCGAGGCCGGAAUACGCAACAUCGUCAUCGUCGAGAAGAGUGCAGGUUUCGGUGGGACGUGGAAAGACAAUAUCUAUCCAGGAUGUUGCUGCGACAUUUUAUCACACUUAUACUCGUAUUCUUUUGCACAGAACCCUCAUUGGUCAAGAGCGUAUCCAGAACAACAAGAGAUUCUUAGUUACAUUCAAGAUGUUGCCCAGAAGUAUGGUCUAUACAAAUUCGUACGCUUCUCCUCAGAAGUCACUGCCGCGGAAUGGGACUCUGAGAGUCAUGAAUGGAACGUCAGCAUCCAGGUUCUAGGUGGAAAAGAAGCAGAAUUCUGCGCUAGAUACACAAUCAAGACAACAUUCUUGAUUGCAGGAGUUGGUCAACUGAACGAGCCAUUGUGGCCCAAAAUUACCAGCCAAGAAAGCUUCCAGGGGAAGAUUAUGCACUCUGCCCGCUGGGACUGGAGUUUUGACUUUACUGGCAAGCGUGUCGGUAUAAUCGGCAACGGGGCGACAGCCGUUCAAAUUGCACCUGAAGUCGCAAAGGUCGCUUCUCAUUUGAGCAUCUUUCAACGCUCACCGAACUGGUUAAUCCCGAGAUUUGAUGCGGAGAUUCCACGAUGGAAGAAGAUCCUAUUUGAUUAUGUGCCUGCAGUUCUCAGUCGGGCAAGGGCUGAGAUAAUGAACCAACGCGAAUCCUACUAUCAAGCUGUCAAUCGCGCUGGCUCCGCCGACUCCUCAGCCAUGACUGCAGUCUGUAAGCAGCACAUGCAGACUCAGCUUCCUAGCCGCCCAGAUCUGUGGGAGAAACUGACGCCGAACUAUCCGCCGGGAUGUAAACGCGUUCUACUCAGCGAUGAUUACUAUCCUACAUUGCGGCUGUCACACGUUACUCUCGAGACACGACAUAUUGACAGAAUGACUGAUACCGGCGUCGUUGUGAGAGAAGGACUACAAGAGAAAGAGAUUGAUCUUGACCUUGUCAUUUUCGCAACUGGAUUCCAAGCCAAGGAUUUCCUGCAAGGCAUUCACGUGCAAGGCGUGGGCGACCAAACUCUCAGUUCUAAAUGGGCAAACGGUGCAUCUGCUCUUUACGGCGUCACGGUAGAUAAUUUGCCAAACUUUGGAAUGCUCUAUGGACCAAACACAAAUCUGGGCCAUAACUCAAUCAUUCUUAUGAUUGAAGCUCAAGCCCGAUAUCUCGUUCCAUUGGCAACGAGAGUCUUGAAGAGCAGAGCCCGAGGGGGGAAGUUAUCCGUCAUGCCCAAAGCAUCGAGGGUUCAAGAAUGGAACAAAGAUCUGCAGAGCAGCCUGGGAAGUUCUACCUUCGCCGACUCUAGGUGCAGUAGCUGGUAUAAGACAGACAGCGGGGUUGUCACCAACAAUUGGAGCGGGACUGUGAUUGAGUACCAGGAACUACUGUCCAAGGUUGACUGGUUGGAUUACGAACUUGAGGGAGAUGGGAUGGAGAAUCUUCCGGCUGGCAAGGAGAACAUUGGCCGUGUCGUGGAGGAGACACUGUUUAGUAACCUGCAACUUUUUUCGGUUACGGCUCUAGGGGCAUUGGUCGCAACAGUCUAUUAUCGUCGGGGUUCUUUGCUGAAGCACAUUUUGUAG